AUGACACGAUUUCUAGUCGGAUUCGAACCACUUGCGAAUGCCGAUAGGAUCCAUCACAUACUGCUGUUUGGGUGUACAGAACCUGCGCAUGCUACUGGUUUUUGGAAAGCACCUAGCCUCGAUCUUCCAAAUAACGUGGGCUUCAGCAUCGGCCACGAAAGUGACAACAUUCGUUAUCUUGUAAUGCAAGUGCACUACGCGCAGCCGUUUGCUGGGGAUGUGAAGGAUUUCUCUGGUGUCACUCUACAUAUUACUCAAAAGCAACCUCAAAACUUGGCUGCAGUGCUAUUGUUCGUCUCAGGAGAGUCUAUCCCGCCUGGAAAAAGUCAAGUUCAAAUCAAUGUUAGCUGUGAAUAUGGUGGAACAACAGAGAUGCAUCCAUUCGCUUUCCGUACCCACGCCCACGCCAUGGGUCGUGUUAUUUCUGCUUUUUAUAAACAUGAAGGGCAAUGGACUAAAAUAGGAGUAAGGAAUCCUCAGUGGCCUCAGCUCUUUGAAAAGAUAACUACCAGUCCGGUUAUAAGAAAAGGAGAUUUGAUGGCCGCGACAUGUCGAUUCGACUCGCACGACAAGACGAAGCCAGUUGCUAUGGGGUGGGUUCAAGUGAAAUUACUUCCGAAUUCGUCUAUUUUGCGUGGAUGGUGGUUGUUCGAUUACAGUUAG